AUGAACUUCUUCAAAGCGAGGCCUAAAACGCCUGGCGAUAUAGCUAAAUCUUUGAAAGAUUGUUUAAACAAAUUAGAUUCAAACUUGGAUAAUCGUAGAAGGAACCCGGAUGACAUUGGAAAGCUAUUACAGCAAAUGAAACACGUUCUAAACGGUGAUGGCGAUUCACAUCCUCAACCAGAAGCUAUUGCUCAAUUAGCACAGGAAGUUUAUGCCUUGGAUUUGUUACAACUUCUUAUAAAGAAGAUUGGCAAAUUAGAAUUCGAGGCUAGAAAGGAAGUUACUACGGUUUUCAAUUGUUUGCUUAGACGUCAAAUUGGUCUGAGGUAUCCAACCGUCGAAUACAUCUUAACAAAACCUCAAGUGCUUUUCUUGACUUUGGAUGGUUACAAUGAUGAAGACGUUUCUCUUAAUACUGGUAUGAUUUUAAGGGAAAUGCUCAGACACGAAGCUUUGGUCAAACUGUUACUUUACGAUGAGCAGCACUUUUACACCUUCCCUAAGUAUAUAGAAACUACCACUUUUGGCGUUAGUUGCGACGCUUUUAGUAAUUUCAAGGAAUGCCUCACUCGUCACAAAGCUUUAGUGGCUGAGUACUUGGAACUCAACUAUGAUAGAUUCUUCUCAAAUGAUCCUCAUCAAUUAUCCUACAACACCCUGAUAAACUCAAAUAACUAUGUCACUAAGCGUCAAUCACUCAAGCUACUCGGUGAAAUUCUUCUUGACAGAUCCAAUUUCAACGUUAUGACGCGAUAUAUUUCAUACGAGAACAAUCUCAAGGUCAUGAUGAAUUUACUUAGAGAUAAGAGUCGCAACAUACAAUUUGAAGCAUUUCACGUUUUUAAAGUUUUCGUCGCCAAUCCAAAGAAAGCUCCCACUAUAGCAGCAAUAUUACGUCGAAAUAGAGAGAAGCUGAUAGUCUUCCUCAAGGAAUUCCAUAACGAUAAAGAUGACGAAGUGUUCACUGAUGAGAAAAUGUUUUUGAUUCACAACAUAAACGAACUGUAA